UCAGGAGAAAUACGAUGCUACUGUGAUGCUGCCCACUGCGUGGCCACUGGUUACAUGUGUAAAUCUGAACUCAGUGCCUGCUUCUCUAGACUUCUUGAUCCCCAGAACACAAACUCCCCACUCACCCACGGCUGCCUGGACUCCCUUACAAGCACAACAGACAUCUGCCAAGCCAAACUGGCCCAAAACCACUCGGGCAGCACCAUGCCCACGUUGGAAUGUUGUCACGAAGACAUGUGCAAUUACAGAGGCCUACAUGAUGUUCUUUCUCCUCCCAAAGGCGAAGCCUCAGGACAAGGAAACAGAUAUCAGCAUGAUCGCAGCAGAAACCUGAUCACCAAAGUGCAGGAACUAACUUCCUCUAAAGAACUGUGGUUCCGGGCGGCAGUGAUCGCAGUUCCUAUUGCUGGCGGGCUGAUUUUAGUGUUGCUCAUCAUGCUGGCCCUGAGAAUGCUCCGAAGCGAGAACAAGAGGCUACAGGACCAGCGGCAACAGAUGCUCUCCCGUUUGCACUACAGCUUCCAUGGACACCAUUCCAAAAAGGGACAGGUUGCAAAGUUAGACUUGGAGUGCAUGGUGCCUGUCAGUGGACAGGAAAAUUGCUGUCUGACCUGUGACAAAAUGAGACAAGCAGAGCUCAGUCAGGAUAAGAUCCUUUCCUUGGUUCACUGGGGCAUGUACAGUGGUCACGGCAAGCUGGAAUUCGUAUGACGGGAGUCUUAACCUGUACUGAACUUCUUUCUUGAAGGUCUUUUGAGUUCUGCUGGACAGGAGCACUUUAUUUGAAGUCAAACAAACUCAUGGAAUGAAUCAUCUUGUGAGACAAAAUGACCUCUGCAAACAGCAUCUUGGAUAUUUCUUCUGAAGGAUUAUUUGCACAGACUUGAAUACAGUCAGAUGUAUUAUUUGCUUUAACAUUAUUAAAAAAGGCAGAGAAGACUAUGUACACACUUGCCAGGGUUAUGUACGUCCAAAGGAGCUGGAAUCGAGUACCUAAAUAAACUCAAUGUACUCUGUGGAA